AUGGAAGAAGAGACGUGGUCGACCGGCGCGGCGCUGGGCGACAGGGGGGAGGAGGCGGAGGAAGAGCAGCAGCAGCAGCCACGGCGUAUAACUCCCGUCACCAUGGGCGGGCCGGAGGAAGCAAGUGAAGGCUGCGAGGGCCUCUGGGAGCUGCCCGUAGAGUUCAGCGCGCGGAGGCCAGAGUGCGGCCGCUGCGGCCGUCCUCAAAAGGUGUGCUUGUGUCCGUUCUUGCCAAUCCAUCCCUUGAAAGUCUCCACCUGUUUGUAUAUUAUCCAGCAUCCAGCAGAGGAAAGUAGAGUAUUACGAACAGUCCCACUUCUGGCUGCUUGUCUACCUGAAGACAAAUGUAAAGUCUUGAUUGGUCGACGUUUCAGUGAAGACAGGUACCCCGACUUAGCAUCAGUAUGCAGAAAUUCAAAAACCUUAAUAUUAUAUCCUGGAGCUGGAGCAGCAAAUUUGGAAGAAGAAGACUUGAGCUCUUCUGAUCCCUACGCAAUCAUCAUCAUUGAUGGAACAUGGAGCCAGGCCAAAGAUAUAUUUUUUAAGAACUCCCUUUUUCGAAUACCUAAACAGGUGCAACUGAGAACUAGCCUUUCAAGUCAAUAUGUAAUUCGUACACAACCCACAAAUGCAUGCCUGUCCACACUUGAAUGUGCAGCUAUUGCCCUUGCCAUCAUGGAAAAAAAUGAUGGUAUUAAAGAGACUGUACUCCGUCCUCUUCAAGCCCUGUGCUCUUUCCAGCUUCAGCACGGUGCCCAAGUCCAUCACAGCAAGGAACAUCUUCUUAAAAAUGGUUUAUAUGACAAGCCAAUGCCAAAAAAUAAACGCAAGCUCAGGAGAAUGGAACUUUUAGUGAAUAAUGUUAAAAUUUAGCAAUGCCAUGUAGAUUUAGUAUUAAAAGAUCUUUAUUCUUUUUAGGUAAUGAAGUGGAAGUUGAUAUGGAUUUAAUCCAAACAACCAUCUCUUAUAAUGGACCAAGUUCAGGUGGCAGGUUUCCCAGGCACAAUACAGAAAUAGAAUGCCUGGAUCUUUGCUUUACACCAGGGAAUAAACAAGAGGCAUUGCCUCCCACUCUAUCCCACCCAUUCAUUAAUCUGUAAUUUUAAUAUGAUUUCCUUGGGUUUUCUUUGUUAUGGGAAACUUUUGGCAUUGCUGCAGAACGAACAUAAAUGUUAUAAUGCAAUGGUAAAGAUUCAGUAAUUUAGAUCAGAAAAUUCUUGUUCAAGCAUUUUGAUUUGAUUUUUUAUGAAAAUGGAAAUGAAACCAUUGUUUGAACAUUUUUCCUUUAAUUUUUUAUUUUGAUCAAACAUAGUGGAGAUGUAUAAUAUAAAUCUUCAUAUUGGGGAAAAGAUUUAUGCUGAUGUCAAUGAGAGCGUACUCAUAAGAGUGAACACAAGAAAACAAGAGCUUUUAUCCUGAACAAAGCUCUGUAUUAAUGAGAGUCAAUAAAUCCCACAAUAAUACACAAGUAUUUAAUUGGUAUUUGGUAUAGUAAACACGUAUAUUGUGAGAGGAGUUGUGCAGCUCCAAAUGCACAAUAUAUAUGAGCCAGGGAUCUUCAGGCAAUCGUAUCUCCUUGGCACAUGUCCACUAUGUAUCCCUGAGUAUUUGGGAACAUGUUUACUUUCACACUGUGCAUGUUUACCAUAGAAGGUUCCAGGCAUAUAAGUAGCACCAAUGAAGUUCAAAGUGGCUCUGAGUUAACACUAGUUUCAGUAAGAUCCAUUUGUGAGAAAAUACGUUGAAUGCUAGACUGUAUAUUUCAUAUUUUCAGCAACAGUGGUACAAUUAUAUUAAUGCUGGCUGUCAUGGAAACCCUAGCGGACACAAGGGGCAGUAUUGACGUAGCAUUAGUUUAAGUGAGCUCUAGCACAAUGUCAAUAGCAUAUGUUGGCAUGACAGUUUUUCGAGGGAUUUACCUAAGUGGAAUGACAGCAUUAGAGACUGUCUAAGAAUCCAGGAUUCUUGCUUUCUUUAUAAAUGUUAAUGAACUUAUUUAAAAUGAAUGUAUUGCUGGGUCCAGAGUCCCCGCCCUCCUUCAGCAGCAUUGAGACUUUAUGAGAAAAUGAUUUGGUAUAGCAAACCACAAGUGUAUGGGAUUCGGAUUUUUUUUCCUAUGGGUCUGUUGACAGACCUUGGCAUUUCUAUAGCUGACAGUGCAACUUUUGUAUACUCAUAACUUGCAGAAUCAUGGCCAUGAAAACUAUACAUAUAUCCAAAGUUGGAUUUUUAUGUCUUGUGAAUAGGAUGCAAGUUUAUAAACCACACUGAUGACUAUUGUACCAGAAAUUGAAUAUGUGGUUCAUGUUGAAAAAGAAUGUCCUCAGUCAAUAAUGUAUGGCUAAGUGUGUAUUUUGUCUAGAUGAAGAAAUGAAAUCAAUACUACUGAGAAUAGUUGUUGCAAAUAAAAACUGCUAAUGCUGACAAAAUAUUCCUACUGUAAAUGUAUCCUGACUGAAGCAAUUGUUCCUGUGAAUUAGACUUCAUACAUAUAAAUGGAGGAAAUUCUGACUUCCUUUGAUCAAUUUUGCCUUAUUUUAGAUUCCGUAAUGCAACAGUAUACUCCUAUUAUUUUAUUAUGAAGGUUAUCUUCUAUAUUGAAAAGUAAGAAAAAAUUAAUAAAAUUCUUCUUUAAAUUCUAAAGAAGAAAGGAAAAUCUAAUACCUACAUUCACAAACAAUUUAAAAUGUUUUGGUACUACUAAUAAAAAAAGGCUUUCAUUUAUAUUCCUACAUGUACUUUUAUUGAAAAUUUAUUAAUAUUUUGGGUAUAUGAAAGAGGUCUGUUUCGGCACCCUUUGUAAGUUGUCUUAAUACAAAAGAGUCAUUC